AUGCUCGCUAUUGCACUAUUAGGUGCAGCGACUGUCGUUGCAGCAGACGUUACAACGUCCAUAUGGCUUCCGAAGGAUAUUUACGGCUCGAAUAGAAUCGGUUUUGUCGGGUCUGUCAUCGGUGCCGAUAAUGAUACGCUCACUGUUGCUAUGGGGUUUGAUAAUGAGACCCAUCCCGACAUAAGGACAGCAUUCGAGGCUCAAGUGUGGACAUUUGGACCAACUGCCAUUCAGACCUUCACCACAGACCUCGGAGUCGGGGCAAUCCAGUCUCUUGUCGAAUCAAUUACUUACUCGGGCGAUUGGUCCUUCGGUUGGAAUUGCUCCAGAGAUAGCCAAGGAGACGCGAGCUGCACGACCUCCGCAGGUAUUCACCAAGCCAGCAUAUUCGCAUGCAGGAUGCCAAGACCAGUGGAGGUUUUCACUAUCCUCAAUACAUUUUCCCGUGGAUCGACCGGUGAUGCUUCCACCGAGACCCUCAUAGUGACGGAUCCCGGGACGCCAAACACAGUGGAACCAGACUUUUGCUCUGUGUCCGGAAAUGACUUCAUCACGUCGAUCCCCAUUGAAUAUGCUGUACAGAGCUCGGUUGUGCGAAAUUCCGACAUCUCCACAUACAAGGUCGUCAUCACAGCUGGAGAGGAACUUUUGACCGCGACAGCUGGGGCUACUCUGAGCACACCGGGACCACAAGCUACAGCGACUGGGACGUCUAAUCAAACUCAGACAGGUACUAGUCAGCCCACGGUAUCAGAGUUCACGGGAGCGGCAUCACCGAUGAUGACAGCCGCCCCCGGAAUCUUAGGACUUGGUGCUGCGAUUGCUGCCUUUGCAUUGUAA